GAUUGUUUUGCUGAAAAUAGAAACAAACUAAAUUAAAAUCUGUAUCAUUGCACUUUAAUGAAUGCAUAUAGCUUAUUUUCACCAAAGCUACAGAUUUUACAUGAUGUACAUUUUUUCCAGCAUCUCCAGCCCUCAGUAAUUAACCUGGGCAACAGUUUGUUCCCACUAAAACCAUAUGAGGGCAGUAAAGUGCAGGGAAGGGUAGUUCAAUCAUCCCAGCUAAAGAAAUGUAGGUUUAAUCCACUUUUACAUUUACAGACUGUUCAUCCCUGAACUCUUUAACCUUAUAAAAACAUCUCUCGCCCCAGUUUUUAUAUGGAACCCCAUUGCUGCCACUUUGUAAAAAAAAAUCCCCUAGGUCAAUAUAAUGAGAAACUUUCUCAAGAUAUUGAUGUAACUCAAAAUAUGUCUUAAUAAAUCAGACUGAUUACUUAAUAUCUCAAAACCAUGUCAUACUAACUCAACAUAAUGACUUAGUAUCUCAAAGUGACUUAACAUUCUGACUUUUAUCUCAUAAUGUGACACACCAUCUAAUAAUUUGGAUAUUUUAUGUCAUAUUUCUGAUAUUUAUCUCAUAGUUUUUACAUUUAUCUCAUAAUUUGAAUGUAGCAUUCCUCCUUUUUUUCUUCCACUGGCAGCAACAGACUCCCACAGAUUGAUUUCAGAGUGAGGAGAUUAUUUUACAGAUAAAACUGUUCAGGUCAUCACAUGUGUUGUUGCCCCGAAAGAAUUACAGGGAAACUCCACAGGAAACAAACAUCCCUCACCCCAUGAUAAUCUCAACAAUAAUCCCUGGAAGAAUGGAGGGGUCGUUUCCUCAGGCCUGGAGGGACACUGUGGUGGGACAGGGCGGGGACGAUGGUGAGCAGAGGCCGGGGAGAAGCUUCCAGAAGUGUCGGCUCCUGCUGGAUCCGUGUUGCGGGGCUGUGUUUGCGGACACUUGAAACUUGGCGCAGAGCCGACACAAGAAUGUGCAGUUUCCAGAGGGGCGGAGACAAACCCGCCCGCCCCGCAGCUCCGUAUCCACCACGGCCGCUUGGUGAGAGCAGGAGGCAGCCUGAGCCUGCGGGUCCCCGCUGGUUCCCACCGACCUCAUCAAGUUUACAAUAGCGAACAGAAACGCUCCCUCUCCGGCCUUCUCUCCCACAAUGCCUCCAUGUUUGUCCGGGUCCGGUCACGCAGCGGCUCGCGCACGGUAAGCAUAUCUGUUGUUGUUCAACCAGAACCCUCCACGGUGAAGUGACACCGGGACUCGAACAAGUGACCCGCCUAACAGAGUUGUAAGAGCGGCUGUUUGAGGGAGAGACGCAGCGUGUGUGUCCCGGAGGAAGCACCGCAGGGAGGGCGACGCGAACACGGACACCAGCCGGAUUUUCCUGCGUUUGACGCCCGGGAGCAGGAGGAAGGGCUCCCGCCGCGGCUGCUGGUUUUCUCCCCCGCGGGGAAGGAGGCUAUGAAAAGUGGACUGUCCGGUUCGUCUUCUCCAUCCACCUCCUCCUCCUCCAGGCUGCAUGGAACACAGUGUGCUCUCCGCCACACAGCCCGGUUCUCGGUGAAUAUAUGUCGUAGCAGCCCCCUGUCGAGAGUCCAGCUUCCUCCACGAAAACCAUCACCAUCAUGAGGACCACCGAGGAGACGGAGGGCUUUGACGGCGAGGCCUCCAACACGUCCAUGAUCUCCGGGGCCAGCAGCCCCUACCAGCCCACCACAGAGCCCGUCCACGCCAGGAACGUGUUUGGGGGGAUACGGUGCGACGUGGAGUACCUCAAGUCCUACUUUGGGAUCCUGAAGGUGGUCGAAGUGGUCCUAUCUCUCAUCGGAUUCAUCUGCAUAGAGACCAUCAUGAUGUGCUCUCCCUGUGGAGGCGUCUACUUCUUCGAGUUUGUCAGCUGCAGUGCCUUUGUGGUGACAGGAGUCCUCCUCCUGAUCUUCUGUCUCAACCUGCACACCAAGGUGCCCCAUGUCAACUGGAGCCUCACGGACCUUGUUAACACGGCUGCCAGCACCUUCUUCUUCUUCUUGUCGUCCCUCGUGCUCGCCUGCAUGAACCACAACACUGGAGCUGAGAUCGCAGCAGUGAUCUUUGGCUUCCUGGUGACGGGUGCGUACGGAAUCAACACCUUCCUGGCUGUACGGAAGUGGCGCCUUGGCAACGGCUGUCAGAGGGCGCCCCAGUCCAGUGAGUACAUGCGAGCACGCACGGCAUCUCGUGGAGAAGUGGAGGCACGACCUGAGCUCGCGUGAAAGCUGGCAAACGGUAAAAAGAAAGACUAAGACAAAGCCACUCCACCGUUGGGCGGCUGAGACGGACACCUCUCUGCCUUCAGAACUGUAAGGACUGUGAAGUCUGCGGCACAACGGCCUGCUCACGCUCGCCACACGCUUUUUGACUUCUUAUCACACCACUUUAGCUGUGCUGUCUCCUUUCUCAGCUGCUGAACACAUCUUCAUUUCACAGCUGCAGAUGCGCUCUGUGGUUUUGUGUAUCAGGCUGCAGUUCCACGCAGAGAGAGUCUUGACAAUCGAAAGUUAAAUUAUAAAACUUAUCAUCCACGUAUCUUUAACAGUCUGAACGACGACGUCCACUAAGAACCAACGAAGGUCGACUUCCCUCCUACUGUGCAUCAGUGAUGAUGGUGUUGAUUUUCUUUAGAUCGGGUUGUGUUUCACUGUGAAUGAAGUGAAGUGGAGGAAGCUCAGCUUUUGUACAGUUUGCUUAGAACAUGCUGCUGUUUGUAAAGUCUUUGGUAAUAAUAAAUACGAUUGUGGAUCCAGGACGCCACUGAACCAGAAACCCACAGUAACCUGCAGGAAAACAGAGACACCACAACUUCACCGGUCAGUCUUUUGUUUCCACGCUGACGUUGAAUAUUUUAAUGUACAGAUCACACUUUGAAAAUACCUUUUAACAUGACCUGUAAUGACCUUUUAUUUUAGAUACUAUUACGAUCUCUGCCAUGGAAAGCGUAGAGUAACAGUACAGGGUUUUACUUUCUUGCAAUUAAGACAGAAAGUGAAAGACGAGGUCAAAAUAUCUGAGUGAAACAGAAAUCCUGUUCAGACCUGGUUUAACAUCCGUCCUGAGGGACACAAUUACGAGACCAAAGUCAAAAUUCCUAACACUCCAUUCCAGAUUGUUGUAAUAUUUACAAAAAAUAUUCUCAUCAGCAUUAAAAGAAAUUGAAUGUCUGGAUCUAUGUGAGCCAGGAGAUGAAAAUGUAAUCAAAGCUUCUUAUCAGAGGCUUUAGGCAAAUCAAUUUGUUGAUCGAUGCUCUCGGUCUGAACCGAACCUCAGGUAUCGAACAACUUAGAAAACGUUUGAAAUGAAAUCACAGGGUGCCUCGACGUGAACGCUGUACUUCCUAUUGCCUUCCUUAUUAUCACACGUGACAGGACGAUCACAGAGGAUUAUGAUUCAUUUUUAAUAAAAACAGGAAAUGUCAAGUACAGGUGGAGACAUUGGGAUGGAAAUAUGGUACAUUUAACAACAUUUAACUCUGUAUUUAACUCUUUGAAUUAAAUGUCUGUAUGUAUCUACAGUAUAUUAUCACACAUUUCACGUGUUAUGAAAUCUGUCAUUCCACAUUGCAGCUCGUACACAGAUUGCAGAACAUUGUUUUAUUUUUUUUCCUGUUUGUAGUCGACAAGGAAACAGGAAGUUUUUAAAAACAAAUCAUAUUUUUGCUUAUUUUUUAGUUUAAAGGAAGAAAUGCUUAUUUAAUUUGUCAUCUCACAUCGAAGUGAUGUAUUGAAUCAACACUACAGUUACACAUGUUUGUGUUUUUCUUUGUUGUGUGAGACCUCUGUGUGUAUAUUUGGCUCAGGUGAGUUUGUGCAGGGUCUGAAUUGACUCUGUGGCUCCAUCUCCUGGUCCACAGCAUUGUGUAUGUGUGGGUGUGUGUGUGUGUACGGGUGUAUAAGGACCAGAAGUGUAUUUGUGUGUGAAAAAUAAAACUGCACGUGCUUUUUAAAUACCCUCUGAGGUUUUCACAUUACACGAUAUGUUUGAAUAAUCAGACUUUUCUCAUGUUUUCAAAUAAUUUAUACCACGUUCAGCUUUUUCUCUUGAUUUAGUGACUGAAAGAAUUGUAUGGAAAGACAAUCACGUUUGUAUUUAUAUCUGUCACCGAACAUUGAUGGAUUUUGAUUUUUGAGUGACACUAUAACAAUGAAUCACUUAAACUGUUGAACAGCAGCAAAAUCAUUCAAGUGCAUUUUACUAUUUGAUAAUAUAACCUGACCAUUGUGUUUUUAAAAGCUUCCUAAUGUACAAGUCACAGUUUGUUAUGAAGAAGUUGUAUUUAUGAGAAAGAAAAGUUUUCGAUCAGUUUCCAGGUUGUGAUAUAAACAGUUUACACACAUCAGGUGUAAAUGAAUGAAUGUUUGAAUGAAAUUAAAAGUGAGAUGCUCAUUUCUUUCCCUUUUAACUUUGUUAAUAAAUACAACACAGUCUGUCCUGUACAGCACGGAGCCGUA